AUGGAUACACCAUCCUCCGGCACCGUCGACUUGGAAUGCGGUGGUGGUGCGAUUCGCAAACGUUUAACCCUCACAUUUCGUAACCUGAAUGUCCGAGUCACGGCCCCCGAUGCAGCUCUGGGCGACACCCUGUUGUCAUACGCCGAUCCGCGACAAGUCCUGGAUAUCUUUCGCAAGGGUCGACAGCACAAAAGAACCAUCCUGAAGGACAUCAGUGGGCAAGUGAAACCGGGUGAAAUGCUGCUGGUAUUGGGUCGCCCUGGCGCUGGAUGUACCUCUCUUCUCCGAGUCCUGUCAAAUGACCGGGACUCAUUCGACGAAGUCACUGGAGAGACUCGGUACGGAAGCAUGGACCAUAAAGAGGCAAGGAAGUUCCGACAGCAAAUCAUGUUCAACAAUGAAGACGACAUCCAUUUUCCAACUUUGACGGUUAACCGGGCCAUGAAGUUUGCCUUAAAGAACAAGGUGCCGAGGGAGCGUCCUGAACAUCUCCAAGACAAAAAGGAAUACAUACAGAACACGAGGGACGACAUUCUGGAGUCCCUAGGAAUCGCCCAUACCAAAAAGACGCUGGUGGGAAACGAAUUUAUUCGUGGUGUAUCUGGUGGAGAGAGGAAGCGCGUUUCUUUAGCCGAAGUAAUGGCUGGGCAGAGUCCCGUUCAGUUCUGGGAUAAUCCAACUCGCGGUCUUGAUUCCAAGACUGCAGUCGAGUUCGCACGCCUCCUUCGCCGUGAAGCAGACGAAAACGACAAGACAAUUGUGGCCACUAUGUAUCAGGCAGGAAACGGCAUCUAUGAUGAGUUUGACAAGAUCUUAGUACUGGCGGAGGGGCGUGUCAUCUAUUACGGGUCCCGGACUAUGGCACGGACAUAUUUUGAGGAUAUGGGAUUUGUUUGCCCGAAAGGCGCCAACAUUGCCGACUUCUUGACUUCAGUAACGGUGCUUACCGAACGUAUUGUUCAACCUGGGAUGGAAGAAAAGGUCCCUAAUACCCCAGAAGAGUUCGAGUCCCACUUUCUUGCAAGCGCCAUUAGUACUCAAAUGCUGGACACCAUUGAGCCGCCGGAAAAGUUGAACCACGAAAAGGACGACCUAUCCAUGGCAGUAGCUAGCGAGAAGAAGAAGAAGCACCUUCCCCGUCCUCAGAGUGUGUACACAACUAGUCUCCGGGACCAAAUCAUUGCUUGCACAGUUCGACAAUUUCAAAUCAUGGCAGGAGAUAAGCUCUCUCUUGGGAUCAAGAUUGUCUCCGCCAUUCUGCAAGCCCUAGUGUGUGGUAGUUUGUUCUACAAUCUCAAAUUGGAUAGCUCCUCUAUCUUUCUUCGGCCGGGUACGCUCUUCUUUCCUUGUCUUUACUUCCUCCUUGAGGGUUUGUCCGAAACAACUGGUGCGUUUAUGGGUCGUCCAAUUCUGUCCCGACAAAAGCGUUUUGGCUUCUACCGUCCCACAGCAUUUUGUAUCGCCAACGCUAUUACGGAUAUUCCAGUCGUUAUUGUACAGAUCUCCUGCUUUUCCUUAAUCCUUUACUUCAUGUCUGCACUGCAGAUGGACGCGGGGAGGUUCUUUACCUACUGGAUCAUCCUUAUUGCACUGACGUUGUGCUUCAUGCAGCUCUUCCGGGCUGUUGGUGCGCUAUGCAAGCAAUUCGGAAAUGCUUCCAAGAUCUCGGGAUUGCUCUCCACUGUCUUCUUUGUUUAUGGAGGCUAUCUCAUUCCUUUCGACAAGAUGCACGUUUGGUUCCGUUGGAUCUUUUAUCUCAACCCUGGCGCAUACGCUUUUGAAGCCCUCAUGGCGAAUGAAUUUGUGGGAUUGAAGCUGAAGUGUAUUGCGCCUGAUUACCUUCCCUACGGUAGUGGAUAUCCAGAGUCAUCAUCCGCCGACCGUGGCUGCUCUGUGUUGGGAAGUGAUGAGGAUGGACUGAUCGAUGGGGCAACGUAUAUUCGGGAACAGUACCACUACUCGGUUCAUCAUAUCUGGCGAAGCUUCGGUGUUAUCGUUGGCAUGUGGGCAUUCUUCAUCUUUCUGACCGCCAUGGGCUUCGAAAAGCUUAACAACCAGGGAGGUUCAUCGGUACUUCUCUACAAACGGGGGAGUCAGAAGGAGCGCACUUCGGACAUGGAGAGCAAUCAGCAAGUCAGCCCCCAGCCAACAGCGGAUACUGGAGCUCUUACCCAGACUGUUAAGCAGUCAACCUUUACGUGGAAUCAUCUGGACUACCAUGUGCCUUUCCAUGGCCAGAAGAAGCAGUUGCUGGAUCAGGUGUUUGGCUAUGUAAAGCCUGGAAAUCUUGUCGCACUCAUGGGUUGUUCAGGUGCGGGAAAAACUACGUUGCUAGACGUGUUGGCUCAACGCAAAGACAGUGGUGAAAUCUAUGGGUCCAUCCUGAUUGAUGGCCGUCCUCAGGGGGUCAGUUUCCAGCGGACUACUGGCUACUGUGAGCAGAUGGAUGUCCACGAAGCGAGUGCCACCGUCAAGGAAGCUCUAGAAUUUUCGGCCCUUCUUCGGCAACCCGCUUCAGUUCCUCGCGAAGAGAAAUUGGCGUACGUAGACAGCAUCAUUGACCUACUGGAGCUGCGCGACAUUCGUGACGCUCUUAUCGGAGUUCCCGGCGCUGGCCUCAGCAUCGAGCAGCGGAAGAGAGUUACACUAGGCGUUGAGCUGGUGGCAAAGCCGACUCUACUAUUUCUUGAUGAACCCACAUCAGGUUUAGACGGUCAAUCGGCGUACAACAUUAUUCGCUUCUUGAGAAAAUUAGUGGAUAAUGGCCAGGCUGUCUUGUGCACCAUUCACCAGCCUUCUGCAGUAUUGUUUGAUGCAUUUGACUCAUUGCUUCUCCUGGCUAAGGGAGGUAAAAUGGCAUACUUUGGCGAGACUGGCAAGGAUUCCAUGAAGGUCUUGGAUUAUUUUGCAAGGAAUGGUGCUCCCUGUGCACCUGAUGUCAACCCAGCCGAACAUAUUGUCGAGGUCAUUCAGGGCGAUACUGAUAAAAAGGUUGACUGGGUCGAUGUGUGGAACCAGUCCGAGGAGCGUCAACGAGUCAUCACCGAAUUGGAAGCUUUGAACAGUGAUCGUAAGGCGAAUACACAGGAGGAGGAAAACCAAUCCGACUUUGCAACUUCGCACUGGUUCCAAUUCAAGAUGGUCUUGCAUCGUCUUAUGAUUCAAUUGUGGCGGUCACCGGAUUACGUUUGGAACAAGAUAUUUCUACACGUCUUUGCGGCUCUUUUCAGCGGUUUCACGUUCUGGAAAAUGGGCAAUGGCACAUUUGAUCUACAGCUGCGCCUCUUUGCAAUCUUCAACUUCAUCUUUGUCGCUCCAGGCUGUAUUAAUCAGAUGCAGCCGUUUUUUCUGCACAACCGUGAUAUUUUCGAAACCCGCGAGAAGAAGUCCAAAACCUAUCACUGGCUCGCUUUUAUAGGUGCUCAAGCCGUCUCGGAGAUUCCAUACCUAAUCAUUUGUGCCACUCUCUACUUUGCCUGCUGGUAUUUCACUGCUGGAUUCCCUGUCGAGGCCGGCAUCUCUGGCCAUGUAUAUCUGCAGAUGAUCUUCUACGAGUUCUUGUACACUUCUAUCGGCCAGGCUAUCGCCGCCUACGCCCCCAAUGAAUACUUUGCCGCUAUCAUGAACCCGAUCCUCAUCGGUGCUGGACUGGUCUCCUUCUGUGGUGUCGUCGUUCCUUACGCCCAGAUGCAGCCCUUCUGGCGCUACUGGAUGUACUACCUGGACCCGUUUACGUACCUGGUAGGCGGGUUGCUUGGAGAAGUCCUCUGGGACGUGAAGGUGCAGUGUAAAGCCUCCGAGCUCGUUCAUUUUAGUGCGCCAUCCGGCCAGACUUGCGGCCAAUACAUGGCCGACUUUCUUUCCGAGCAAGCGGGCUACCUCCUCGAUCCGAACUCGACAUCAAGCUGCUCUUUUUGUCAAUACUCCACUGGUGCUGAUUAUGCGAAGACUUUUAACCUGAGAGAGAAGUACUAUUCCUGGAGAGAUACUGGAAUCACCGCACUAUUUUGCAUCACUUCGUACGGACUUGUGUUCUUGAUGAUGAAGCUGAGGAGUAAGAAGACGAAGAGUGCGAGGUCGGAGUGA